AGCCCUGGUAGCUUGCGUCUCAUCAUCUGGCUAUAAAAUCUAACACAGAACAGCUCCCAGGCUGAGCUGUGGUUUCAUGAAAAUUACCUCCCAAAACAUUACUUGCUAGAGAUGGAUGUCACACCCAGCACAUGGAUGGUGUAAACAGCAGUUCAGAAAGGUUUCACUUUCAUUAUAACUGGUUGGACAUCAGCAAGUGGUUCAGUGAUCACGGAAGUUCAUGAAAACCAUAAACUUUCCGAGCAGCCUAACAAAGAAGUGCAGCACUGUGUAAAAAAAUCUUAAAACCUAAAUACGCCUCCAGAGAAAACCGAACUGCCUGAACACAAAGCAGGAAAUUUUGGAAUGUUUCAGUGCAUAAAAAUGAGUCUACAAUCAAAAUUCUACCCCAAUGGGUAUUUUUGUACUCUCAGUCUUUGCUUCAGAAAAGGCUGAAUUUUGUCUUAAGUAGAAAACCAGUGAAGACCAAUUCAUUAAAAACAACUGCCAUAGGAGAACCAUAGAAUCAUAGAAUAACCUGAGUCGGAAGGGACCCAUAAGGAUCAUCGAGUACAACCCCUAUUCAAAACUUUCAAUGUGAAGUACCCCACAGAAAGUCACAGUGGAAGGACAGCUAAGAAGGGAGGAGGUGAUAUAUAAGUAAAUCUGAGAACUGGAGAUGAUGAUGCCAGACAGAAUAUUAAUAAAAUCUCCUUACUCCUGCUUCUACCAUAUCUCCGGAAGUAAAGAAGAGAAUUUAGCUGCGUACCAGUUGCACACAAACUACUCCCUACUGCCAAAUGUUACAGACAAGAAGUUGCCAGGAAAACAGUGCAUCUCAAGAGUGGAGAUGCUGAUGGCUCGUUGCAGACUGGAGAAGGCUCCCGGCACGGCAGCUGUCUGGACAAACUGCAGGAGCAGCUACUCCCAGGAACAGCCUGACAACAGUUGGUAAAGGGGAGGCGUUUUACCCUUCUGAGUCCCUUAAAGCAGCAAUAUCUUGCAAGACUGGAGGACAAUUAUAGGUGCCAGAAGUAGCGAGUAUUUAAAUAUAUGUCCAACGUGGAGCAGGAAAUUGAAAAUUGAUUCUCUACAGCAUUUAUCUGAGAUGUAGUUCAAGUUCUUCAAGUUAGCCAAAGCAAAGAGCUUCCACUCUCAGUGGAAUGCCAGCUUGGCAGACAGUCUGGAGUUGAUUCGGUGGCAUCUUUGAAGAGAAAUUCAGAAAUUGUGUAUUUUUUAAACAAGUUUCCUAAAUAAGCAAGGAAGGUAAAAAAGACACCAAGAAGGAUUUUUAAUUACCUAUGUAAUGUUCAGGCACCUUUUAGUGGAGACAGAGGUGAUGAGCUGGCAAAUAUGAUUGAUGAUCAGAUUACAACUCCUAAUGAUUUUCUUUAGCUGUGCUGUGGAGUGACUGCAGGCUCUGACACAGAUCAGCCUUCUUGUGCUAGCUCUCAUACACGUAGACAUAAAGGAGGUGGCUUCUGCCCAAAGCAUUAACCCACAGACUGCAAUAGCAGCAAGCUUGGAGAGGACCAAAAGCUAAGAAGACAAAAGGUGACAGCCCAUUGCUGGAGCCUGAAUAUCCUCUGAGACAGACGCCUGGUGUGUGGGUGGCUGUUCCCACAAGCACACAUCCACUGCACACUGGUGGCUCAGCCUCUGCCAUGGAAGCGCAUUUACUCUCCUUCAGCUUUCCAACCAGUUCCCAAGGUUGCUGAGUACAGCUGCAGCACACGAGUGCACUCCAGGAAAGCUAAGUGCCUACUGUGAAAGGUAGCACCUGGAGUUAUAAAGACCAGAAGUGCAAUGCUGCAGAGCUGAAUUGUCUCCUUGGAUCUACCUUUUGCAGAGGUAUGGACAAUAUGUAUGAAGCAGAAUCUUUGCCUCUCAAGCACAGGAACUGUGAAUACUAGACCUCUCGUUCACCAGGAAAAGCAGUGCCUUAAAGAGAAUGGCAGUGGUCUCUGCAAUGUCCUGGGUCCUGUAUUUGUGGAUAAGUGCCUGUGCAAUGCUGCUCUGUCAGGGGUCCCUCCAUCACACUUUCCAGCAGCAUCACCUGCACAGACCAGAAGGAGGAACGUGUGAAGUUAUAGCAGCACACAGAUGCUGUAAUAAGAAUCGAAUUGAGGAAAGAUCACAAACAGUAAAAUGCUCCUGUCUACCUGGGAAAGUGGCUGGGACUACAAGAAACAGACCUUCCUGUGUUGAUGCUUCAAUAGUGAUUGGGAAAUGGUGGUGUGAGAUGGAGCCCUGCCUAGAAGGAGAGGAAUGUAAGACGUUGCCUGAUAAUUCUGGAUGGAUGUGUGCGACUGGCAAUAAAAUCAAGACCACCAGAAUCCACCCGAGGACCUAACAGAGCGACGUCUGCACGGAGACAGUGAAAGCCCAGCUGAUUUAUGAGGACAAAAUAUCAAAAGUUGAAAACCAUCUCAGCAUUUACAAGCCAAAUGGAUU